UCAGUACGCAAUCCGCGUCCCCCUGUCUCACCCACAUUGCUGGAUUCGGAGCAGCAGCCAAGCCACUUUCUCGAUAAUAAUUCCUGGGAGUGAGGAAUCGGGUAACUCAUCAGAGAGAGAUGUUGAGAGCUUCUUCCAAUCUCUUCCCGUCUUAUUAUCUGACAUCUCCACCCAUCUUGGGUAAUAACAACAACGCCCUUAUAAGACUCUCUCUCUUCUCUUCUCUUUCUCUCUCCUUCUCUUCCUUCAAACCACCCAGCCUUCUUCCUCCAUCAGCCUCCCACAAAUUCCCACUCCACUCCAACAAGACCUCCCUACCCAUCUCACCUUCCCCCACCUCCAGCUGGUGGGCUCCACCAAUGGAUGGAGGGAAUACAAGGCCUAAGGGAAGAGUCUCAUUCAGUACUGGAAAUAAUGGAGAUGGUGGUAGGGAGUUAUUGGUGCAGCACUUACUUGUCGGCGAAGACAACCUUAAGCUUCUGACAGAGCUUCAACAGAGGAUUGCAGGAGGAGUGGAUUUAAGUGAUCUAGCGGUGGAGUACUCAAUCUGUCCAUCCAAAGAACAGGGCGGAAUGCUUGGGUGGGUCCGGAAAGGACAGAUGGUGCCCGAGUUUGAGGAGGCUGCAUUCGGCGCGCCUUUGAAUAAAGUCGUAAGAUGUAAAACGAAGUUUGGAUGGCACUUAUUACAAGUGUUGGCUGAGAGGGAAGAGUCUUUGCUUCAAGACAUUGAGCCGAAGGAGCUUCAUGAGAAAAUGCAAGACCCGAGUUUCUUCGAAGAAGUUCAGUUGAUAGACGUCCGGGAACCAGAUGAAGUAGCUCAAGCUUCCUUGCCAGGCUUUAAGGUUCUUCCACUUCGCCAAUUUGGUAGUUGGGGGGCUGCAAUAACGAACGAGUUUGAUCCUCAGAAGGACACCUAUGUGUUGUGUCACCAUGGGAUGCGGUCAUUACAGGUUGCCAAAUGGUUGCAGACACAGGGUUUCUUGAGAGUGUUCAAUGUGGCAGGAGGGAUACAUGCAUAUGCUGUGAAGGUUGAUCCCUCCGUUCCAACUUACUGAGGAUUUUCUUUUCACACACAAAUGGAGUUUUGCUAUUUUUUAUGCAUAUAUGUGCACAUGAUGGAUGGUGUGAGACAUCCAUGGUUUUAAUUAGCAGUUUAUGUGUGUUGUAUUUUAAAUGAUUUUGAACUUUGGUGUUUCAAAAAUUUUCCACCAAAAAAUUUCAUUUGGGACUUAUGAUCCCUUGUUGC